GCUCAUCUCGUUUCUACCCCGCCGCUGGGCCAACAUGUGACUUAAAUCAAAAUCUCCACCCGCGGAAUUUAUUUUAUGCGCCAGUCAUCGAUUUUAAUUGUAAUCCUACUUAACGUGAUGUAACAGCGACACUAAGUAGAAAGUAUUUGAUUAUGAUUACCAGCGACCAAGACAGAACUCAAACUCUACUACGCAAAAAUCGCUUUUCAGUAUCAUCCUACCUCAACCGUAUUUCUUGUAAAAAAAAGUAAGUAAAAAUAAAGUAAAAGCCGGAGCCAAGAACUUCUAGACUAACUAUGGGUGGGAAAAACAAGAACGAGCGGCGCAACGCCAAUAAAAAGCAGACGGAGAAGAAAGACGACAAGAAGAAAAAGGAUGAAAGCAGCAAGCCAAACGACGAGAGGCUCACAUCCGAAGAGCUUGGAUUUGUCAUCCGCACAGGGCCUGAUGCGACGCAUCGGAACGUGCAUACGCUCGAGGUGGACGCUCGGAACAUUGUGAUUCACGCCGGAAAACAGGAACUGCUGUAUGACGCGAUACUACGAUGUAACUACGGCGUCAAGUACGGCCUCGUCGGGAGGAACGGGGUCGGAAAAUCGACCUUACUGAGAGCGAUCAGCGAUCGAGAUGGUAUAGAAGUUCAUGUUCAUCUAUCAUCUUGAGCUGCAGGGAGCCGACUACAGGACAAUUUGGUCCUGCUGUCACAAGUUUUACUUGGCGCAUUUUCUUUUUCACAAAGAAGAAGAACGAGAACUCAACAGCAUGAUCGUUGGACCAGCAAGAAGAAUUUUUUAUAAACUAAAAAUUGCAGGUCGUGUUGCUAUCCCCCCGCACAUGUCUUUGAUGCACGUGGAGCAGGAGAUUGUCGGCUCUGAGGAAAUAUCAAAUGCAAAAAUGUCUGGGUCUGGAAGAUUGCCAAGUUUGUCAUGCAUAUUUUGAAUAAACCCAUGAUGUCUGUGAUGCACCAUGCCCUAGCGUCACAGAUUUUUAGAGGACUUUGCGAUGGUUCUACCGCAUGAGAAAUGCCCUCUCCGCGUAAAAAGCACAAACUGGAGUCCUCUACUUGCUGGUCAUGCAAUACAAAUUUUUUGGCUCAAGACUUCUUGUCUUGUGGCCCUUUUCCCACUUUAGAGACGGGGCCGCACCCCCGUGAGAUCAAUUCGUCCGGACUCAUCGUGGAGAUCAACCCCCGUGAGAUCCAAGAUCCGUAGAGGCACUCUGUAACAGGCAUCAGGUGCGGCUGGUGAACCUUUUGACUCACACGUAGAUUGUAGAUUGUUUCUCUAAAAGAAAAAUCAAAGCAAAAAAAAUGAGUACACACUUGCCCUCCAUCCGAAGCGCGCACGUGCGCAAUGAAGCUUCGAUGGUCCCAGCGGGCAUAACGCCCGGUCUUACUCGUUACUCCCUUCAUCUGCCCUCGCCAGCCGUCCCCAAUGGCGUUCGAUUGUGGGGCCCUUGAUCCCCACGUAGAAGCUCUUCGCGGGUUUCUUCUUGCCGGGUGGAAGACGGUGUGCGUCGGUUUUUUUUUGGCGGUCUGGGAGUUCCGUGUAGGUCUUUGUUCCUAGGGGCGCUUGUCGACGCCCUGCGGCGGAGCGGGCGAUCGGGAGGACUCGACGCUACUUGUGGACGCCAUCUCCGAGCUGUCGAUAGUAGAGGAGUUCUGCCGCACAUCUCCGCGUCACGAGGAUGCCGCGCCCACUAGCGGAUCGCCCUGCUGCGCUGGAGAUCAGGGACUUUUUAUUUAUUGUUUUUCGUUUGUCUCACACUCUCACACACUCGAAUACUUAUGAAAAGAUCAUAGUACCAGACCCAUAUUUCCUUUUUUUCUUCGUUUGAGUUUGUCGCCCCUCCUAAUCCUUUGGUCUGUGUUGUGGCAGCGGAUUGUCCUCUGACCCUUACGUAGCCUUAUGGCAACCCCUUUCCAUAUGAUUGAUCUCAGGUUUUGUGUGGUAGCUGCGCUGGCAGCGCGUUUGUGCGGCUCUCUACUCCUGCGAGGUGCGACGUUUUCGAUGCGGCUGGGCUUUGCGGAUCCAAACUGCGCGGAGGUGGUGGUGGCGAUGGCGGGUUGAUUACGGUGCGGGAAUUCGGGUCGCCAGCCCCGGGUCUCACAGAGUACUGAACGGUGCUUACCAGCUGGAUAGACGAGUGAGGGGUGAUUACUCGUAGGGGAGUUGUUUAUGGCUCGCGGUCGUCUUUCUGUCGUCCUGGCGUCGUUCGUGGGGGUGUGGCGCGGGGGUGGAGCGAUCCUCGACGAGCGGUGCGGUUGCGGCUUUGUCGCGUCGAGCGGAGCGGAGCGUCGCUGUGUCUCCUCGGCAUCGUCUCUUCGUGGCCUGUCGUGCGUAGUCCUAGGUGGGGUCCCUAUCCCGGCCAUUGCAAUAGGGCUUUUUGGUGGACUGCUGGAGACCCCAGUCCAGUCGCAUCGCGACGUUAUUUUUCAGCUGCAGGAGACCCCAGCUAUCCCUUUGCUCUGCCCAAGUCCCUCGUCUUUGUCUGUUCGUCGUGUUUUGCCUGGUUUACCGCUGGAAACGAUGCCGUGCUUUUGGAAUUCCGGUUUCGACCAGGACAUGCAGCCACUCUAACGGUUUCACUCGGGUCCGACCCCCGUUAGAGCUUGACCCCAUCCCCCCGAGGUCCUACCUGAGGUAGUGGUCGUAAAGGGGGUAUAGUGGUUGAGGGGUAAAUAAGGUCAUGCAAUACAAAUUUUUUUAGAAUCACAGACCCAGACAUAUUUGCAAUCCAUAGAAAACCGUGCUCCAACACGUGCUAAAAUCCUAUUUAGAACGCGAGUAUGCAUUGCAAAAGUAUCGUACUACGUAUAAAUUGCAUUACAAAAUAAAAUUUAGGCAAGAAGAAGAAGAAAAGCGGAACUUGUAAUGCUGUUUUACCUUAGGAAGAAGAUUUGUCAUGCAUAUUCGCAAUUAGUACCAGUACGAGUGUCGAUGCUUUUGCAGUUCAUAGCGGGUACCUUCUCGACUUGGAAAAGCAGUUCAUCGAAGAUAAUGAGAAAGAUAUGGUUAUGCUUUGCAAAAGUAUCGUACUAGUAUAAAUCGCAAUACAAAUUUAUUUCCUCAGCAUGAGAAAUGACAUUUGUAAUGCGGUUUUAACUUGAGCUUGACACAAAAACUUGUAAUGCCUAAAUGCGAUUAGUAGUACCAGCACGAUUCUUUUGCAAUGCAUAAUGGUCCACGGUGUCACUAUGAUGGAGGUCUACGAGCGACUAGACGAGCUCCACUCCGAGGAAGCUGAGGUAAACGCUGCAAGAAUUCUCGCCGGCUUGGGUUUCACCCACAAAAUGCAGAACCGGCCGACCAAGGAAUUUUCCGGGGGAUGGCGCAUGCGGAUCGCGUUAGCCGCGGCCUUGUUUAACGAGCCGGAUUUGCUGUUACUGGAUGAGCCGACAAAUCAUUUGGAUGUGCACGCCAUUACGUGGCUGGAAGAAUUCCUGAACGAGUGGGAAAAGACCGUGAUUAUCGUCAGCCAUGACCGGUCGUUCCUGAACGCCGUCACGCAGAACACGAUUUUUGUGAAGAGGAAAAGAUUGUGGUAUACGAACUUUUUGUUUUUUAUAGCGUCGUCCGAGAUGCCCGGCUCUCAAUGCAAUCCGGUGCAGACAGUUUACCUCUAGGAAAAUCAAGCAGUUCAAGAGCAGUUUCUGGCUCGCCUUGGUAGCUACUACAGUAACAGUACCGAAGAAGCUUGCGCCAUAUUGUUUUUUAUAGCGGCGGCAAAAGCUUAUUUUUGCGAAAAUUAAAAAAAAUAUUGGGUGGCUUUAUCGUGGGCCUCGCAGCCCAGCCGAAUCAGCACGCUUCUGGACUCAGGACGGCGCAAGACCCACGCCAGCGCAGCGCUCACCCAGUUUGCUCUGCCGUGCUGCCGCAAAGUCAAACACAACACACCACCGCAGCACCCCUUGCGGAAGGCGCGAAAGGUCGCGCCAACUUCAACGCCCGCACACGCCAGGGCGGGCAUCGUGGGCAGGGAGCCGGGCCCGUCGUUGACCCCUUAAUGGGCCAGUCCCGCCAGGUCUGCGCCGCUCCAAAUUUCGUCGGGGCAGGCGGAGGCCCGGCAGGCGCGGCCGAAUCUGGCCAAGCCAAAGGCACGGCGUGAUAUGGAAUGGGCGAGCGCCUUGCGCCCCACCAGAUGUCCCGGGGCCAUGCUCCUGUGCCCCGGUCCGGCGGCAUCAUCGGGCGCAAUGCCCAUCCCUGAUUGCCCGGCGAGGUGCCGCAAAACCCCUCGGCCGCCGCCCACGACCCCUGCUCGGCCGACCGCAAUUCCCCAAUCGCGCGACACUCGCCCUGUUCAAUCAGCCCCAUUUCUGCAAAGCGGGCAAAAGCGUGGCUCCAUCCCAGCCAAGGUGCCUGCGGUUUGGUUACACCUCCCAAGCCACCCCCUAGCGUGCCUCCGCCAAUUCGCGGGAUUCCUUGCAAGAACUGCCCGGCGGCAUUUCGGAUAUCAAUUUCGCGGAAAACAACCGCCCGGCGACACUGCCAGCACGCUUGGAGGCUAGAGCACAAGCGCCGCAGCCCUGGGCAACACAGCGGGGCAGCCGGGCCCCCCUUUUUGCAGGUGGGGAACUUAUCAAGCGGCCCGCGCAAGGGGGGCCCGACCGCGGCGCGCCGUGCCCUAGUGGCCCCACGCAGGUCGUUCCUCAACGCCGUCACGCAGAACACGAUUUUUGUGAAGAGGAAAAGAUUAUCCUGUGCAAAAGUACCGUACUCGUAUAAAUGCAAGUGUUGCAUUACAAAUCUUGUUGCGAAGCCAAAUCAGCAUGAUAAAUUCCAUUUCUCUUGCUGAGGAAAUUUGUAAUGCAUUUAUACAAGUACGAUACUUUUGCAAUGCAUAAAGAUUGUGGUAUACGAACUUUUUGUUCCAUUUGGUAUAGAGCUAGGAGAUGAAAUUGAAACAGUCAGAGUUUUUGCAGCUUCUGGUAGGCCGCGUACUACGCUGAAUCGCAGAUGAGUCCGUACUAUUCCAUCUUUUCGGUGUACAAAUGGAAAUAAUUUGUGUGCCUGAACAACAGUUUUUUACUCAAACCGCAGAACAAAUAAAAAAAUCAAAAAAGGUACUAUGGCGGUAACUACGACACUUUCAUCCGCGUGCGCGCCGAGCACCGGGCCAAUCAGGAAGCGGUGGCGAAACAGCAGGAGCGGAAAAAGGCCCAUUUAAAGCAGUUCAUUGCCCGGUUCGGCCGCGGGCACAAAAAGAUGGCCCGACAGGCGCAAUCCAGGAUGAAACUGCUGACAAAAUUGCAGGAGGAAACUGUCGCCUGCGAUAUGGACGACCCGUAUUUGAAGUUAGACUUCCCCGCCGCCCCGGAACUGCCCCCGCCGUGUAUCUCGGUUCAAAACGCCGCUUUCAAAUACCCGGGAUCGGACCGAACGCUGUACAACAAACUGAACUUCGGCGUGGAUAUGGACUCCCGAGUAGCGAUCGUCGGGCCGAACGGAGCGGUAUCCUGUGCAACAGUAUCGUACUCGUACUAAUUGCGCAUACGCAUGACAAAGCUCUUUCCUAUAGGUAAAACAGCAUUACAAAUUUAUUUAUAAUGCUGAGCUAAUUUGUCAUGCGAUUUAUACUAGUACGAUACUUUUGCAAUACAUAAGCGGGUAAGUCGACCUUUUUGAAGUUACUGGACGGGACGCUAGAGCUAUCGUGAGAAAAAAGUGUUACAGUUACACACUCUGAUGAGAGACAAGCAAGACAGACAACCUCUGUCAUGCAGGAAAUGCUUGCCAACCUCAUUUGUUUCGUGUUUUCCCUUGUCGUUUGCGCAUCACAGGUUUUCUUUGCCAUGUAAAGCAGCUUUGUGAUGCAGAAAGUCCACCACAUCCGUAAGCGUAACUGUAGCACUUUUUUCCUGUGAUAAGAGCCAACGGACGGACAGGUGAGUAGACAUCCGAAAUUACAAAUCGCGCGGUUCUAUGCAUUGCAAAUAUGAUGUCUCGGUCUGGAAACUUCUGAUGCAAGGAAGGGAAGAAUACAGAGCACACUGUACUAAUGCGCUUCAUCCCAGCAUGACAAGUUUUUCCGUGCUGGUUCAGAGCUGCGUACUCCGCACGAGAAACUACGCUUUUGCAUGUCAGACAAGAGGAGCUCUUCGCGGGCACGCAAUACAGAGCUCAGAGUCAGGCCAGACUAGCAUGACAAAUCUCGCAAUCUCCCAGAGGACCCAGACACACUCGCAGUUCAUAGGUUCACGCAGCACCACUUGGAAAUGAUGAAUGUGGAUGAGGACGCGGUGACGCACAUGCGAAGAUUGGGAAAUUUGAAGGAGGAUGGGACAUAUGCAUUGCAAAAGUACUUAUCGUACUAGUACUAGAAAUGCAAUACAAAUUGAUGGCUCAGCAUUACAAAUUGAAUUUGUAUAUCAUGCGAAUCUGCCUUUAGAAAAAGACUUGUAAUUCAUAUAAAGCAUUUAGUACGCGUGCGAUGCUUUUGCACAGGAUAGUACUAGCGACGUAACGAUAGAAGAGGCGCGGAAAUACCUCGGGCGGUUUGGGUUAGUCGGGGAAUUGCCGUUGAAUCCGAUUAAAACUUUAUCCGGUGGGCAGAAAUCGAGACUCGCGUUUGCGGAACUAGCCUGGCUAUGAACUGCAAAAGUAUCGUACUCCUACUCGUAUAAAUGCAUUACAAAUUUUCUCAGCAUGAGAAAUAAAAUUUGUAGUGCUGAUUUACCUUGAGAAAAAGAUUUGUAUUGCAUGCCUGCAAUAUGAAUGCGAUACUUUUGCACAGGAUACUGGCGCCAGCCGCACUUGUUGUUGCUCGAUGAGCCGACAAACCACUUGGACUUGGAAACAAUCGAAGGGCUAGCGAUUAUCAAGUGCAAAAAUGUCUGGGUCUGGAAGAAUGCAUGUUUGUCAUGCUGGUCUGGCAUGAUUCUUAAAUCUGUCAUGCACGUUACCCAAGAGCAUCGCGCCACUUUUCUCUGAUGCAGAAACGCAGUGUGUCAUGUAGAACAGGCAACACCAAGAAGAAGCGCAGAAUCUUGUCAUGCUGAGCCAACACUUGUGGCCUCAUCAUGAGACGCCACCCAGCAUCACAAGUUUCCAGACCCAGACAUAUUUGCAGUUGAUAGCGAUGGCGUUGAACCAGUUUGAAGGCGGGGUUGUUUUAGUCUCCCACGACGAGCGAUUGUUGUCGUUGGUGUCUGAUGAACUGUUAUGCAAGAUGAAAAUUUUUUGUGUAAGUGUAGUAAGUCUGUGAUGCAGAGCACGCAACACAGUUUAAGUACACUUCUCAUGCUGGACAAGUACGCUUUCCUUUCUACACGUGCCGUGUUUUCACGUACUAGCUGUGUAGUUUUUGACAGGCUUUGUUCUCUGUCAUGCAGAGCUAAUCUGUCAUGCUGAUGUCCCUCGAAGCAGAUAGACAUCUACACUCACACGACAAUUUUUUUUGUUGGAUGCCUUUGGGUAGUCAUGCCGGGGGAGCGAGAAGACGAGAUCGGGUCGGUUUGCGUUUUUGACGGGAAUUUCGACGAGUAUCGAGACAUGCUUCGCAACGAAAUGACCGGGAAAUCGUUACUGAAGGCCAGCGCGGGUGGACGGAUUAAGAAGGGCGGGGACUAGAACUAUCUAUCACCCGGGCGGUGGGGAUGAGAAAAAAUGAAAAUUUUGCUUCCUCCCCCCGCAUGACUCUUUUGACUGUCAUGGUAGAAAAAUGAACGCGCGGCGAUUUUUUUCGUGUGGUGAGACGAGGAGAUUAUAUCAAACUAGGCGACAAAUUGAAAUUCUAUAUUAUCCGACAUCACUACUUCCUUCGAACUCGCAGCAUGAGUAUCGAAAUGAGGAAAAAUAGUGAUGAAGAACCACUUGUUCUCGAGAUAGAGAUGUUGUACACUAGUAUCGAGUUUAUGUUGUACCAAAGCAGUACAAAGAAACCAAGCGAACCCAUUUAUCAUUUCUAUAACUUGGCAAGAGCUUUCACUUUCACAGCACCACGAGCAGCUGGCGGAAAGUGUAGAAAUUUUUCAACAGCCAU